AUGCUUCCCUCUCAAUUGAAUGCCUCGCCGAAGCGCGCCAGUCUCUUUGCGCGUCCAUCACCCUCACAGACAUCCCAGUCGCAAGGAACAAGGCCCAAGUCGGCUAUUAUCAUACCUUCUAAUGGACUAGAAUCAGCAAGAGGCCACCUGCGAAACUCAUCCGUCUCACAGCUGUCGCCAACCUUAUCUUCGGCUGGAAACCGGGAACGAUCGAAUUCGGCGAAGAACAGUCCGUCCUCAGGAACAUUCGCCCCCAGCUUUAUCAAGUCGGAGGAGUUGCGUCGUGGAGCGGAUCAAAUCCGUGGGAUUGAAGGAGACAACGACUUUUCGGGAAACAAAUAUGUCUGGCUACGAGACAAUGAGAAGGCUUUUGUCCGGGGCCUUGUUUUAGAGGAGUUGGAAGGAGGCCGCAUGCUAGUGCAGAGCGACGAUGGCGACCAACGUGAGGUGGACGCGGACCAGGUCGACAAGGUUAACCCAGCCAAGUUCGACAAAGCAGAUGAUAUGGCGGAACUUACCCAUUUAAACGAGGCGUCUGUGGUCCAUAACCUCCACACCAGAUAUCAAUCGGAUUUGAUCUAUACCUACUCAGGACUAUUCCUUGUAACGAUUAACCCCUACUGUCCGCUACCUAUCUACACCAAUGAAUAUGUGAAGAUGUACAAGGGCCGUGGGAGAGAGGAAACCAGACCCCACAUCUUCGCCAUGGCCGAUGAGGCUUUCAGGAACCUUGUUGAGGAAGGCGAAAACCAAAGUAUCCUGGUCACUGGUGAAUCUGGAGCUGGUAAAACUGAGAACACGAAGAAGGUUAUCCAAUACCUUGCAGCUGUCGCCACCUCAGAUACACCUUAUGCCCGGUCCGGUGCGAAACAGAUUACCGGUCUCUCGCAACAGAUCCUACGAGCUAAUCCAAUUCUCGAGGCCUUUGGAAACGCUCAGACGGUCAGAAACCACAACUCGUCUCGAUUCGGAAAGUUUAUUCGCAUUGAGUUCUCUCGAUCUGGGCAAAUAGCCGGAGCAUGGAUUGAUUGGUACCUGCUCGAGAAAUCACGAGUUGUAAAACCAAAUUCUAACGAACGAAAUUACCACGUUUUCUAUCAGCUGCUACAAGGUGCAGACCGCAAAACCCGCGAGAAGCUUCUAAUCGAGGAUCUUCAAAUCGAGGACUUUGCCUACACAAGAGAGGGAAAUGACUCGAUUGUAGGAGUCUCUGACCAAGAGGAGUGGAACUCAUUGAUCGAAGCCUUCCAUGUGAUGAACUUCUCCGAAGAUGACCAGCUAUGUAUCUUGCGGACAAUCGCUGCUGUGUUGCAUUUGGGCAAUGUCAGUGUGGCCAAGGCGAGUGUUCGUGCAGACCAAGCAGCGUUGGCGCCUGAGGGCUACUCAAGCGUGGAAAAGGCCUGUCAACUUCUCGGUAUUGCCGCAGAACCCUUUGUCAAGGGCCUACUUCAUCCACGAGUCAAGGCCGGCCGUGAAUGGGUAGAGAAGGUUCAGACUCCUGACCAGGUUCGCAUGGCCCUAGAUGCCUUGUCCAAGGGUAUCUAUGAGCGUGGAUUUGGAAAUCUUGUUGCUCGAAUCAACGGUCAGCUGGGACGGUCAAUGGCCAGUGAUGACAACUACUUCAUUGGAGUCCUUGAUAUUGCCGGUUUCGAAAUCUUCGACAACAACAGUUUCGAGCAACUUUGCAUCAACUAUACGAACGAGAAGCUACAGCAAUUCUUCAACCAUCAUAUGUUCGUCCUGGAACAAGAGGAAUACGCUAGGGAGCAAAUCGAGUGGCAAUUUAUUGACUUCGGAAAAGACCUGCAGCCAACAAUCGAUUUGAUCGAGCUUACCAACCCUAUUGGUAUCUUCUCUUGUCUUGAUGAAGACUGUGUCAUGCCCAAAGCUACAGAUAAAUCGUUCACCGAGAAGCUUCAUGGUCUGUGGGAUCGAAAGACCCCCAAGUACCAUGCAUCUCGUCUCAACCAAGGAUUCAUUCUGACCCACUAUGCUGCUGAGGUUGAGUACUCGACAAGCGACUGGCUUGAGAAGAACAAGGACCCUCUCAACGACAAUAUCACUCGCCUCUUGGCCACAUCCAGUGAGCCACACGUCGCGAACCUGUUCUCGGACUGCGCAGACUCGGAGGAAGAUGGUGGCAACCACCCAAGAAGCCGCGUGAAGAAGGGCCUAUUCCGGACAGUUGCUCAAAGGCACAAGGAGCAGCUAUCUAGUUUGAUGGCUCAACUUCACUCUACUCAUCCCCAUUUCGUCCGUUGUAUCUUGCCCAAUCACAAGAAGCGACCAAAGAUGCUACAUGCUCCACUUGUAUUGGACCAGCUACGGUGCAACGGUGUUUUAGAAGGUAUUCGAAUCGCUCGUACUGGGUUCCCCAAUCGUUUGCACUUUGCGGAAUUCAGACAGCGGUAUGAAGUCCUGUGCCAACACAUGCCCAAGGGCUACUUGGAGGGACAGAGUGCUGCCCGCAUCAUGCUGGAGAAGCUUGGUAUGGAUCGGGCUUGGUACCGAGUUGGUAGAACGAAGGUGUUCUUCCGGGCUGGUGUUCUUGCCGACUUGGAAGAGAAGCGUGACCAGCUAAUCCGCACUAUCAUGUCGCGCUUCCAGUCUAUCGCGCGAGGCUUCAUCCAACGGCGCAUCUCCAACAAACGACUGUAUCGUGCCGAAGCUACUCGUAUCAUUCAGCAGAACUUCCAUGUCUACCUUGAAUUGAAGGGAAGCCCUUGGUGGCGCAUGUUCUCGAGAAUGAAGCCCCUACUGGGCGACACGAGAAACGCGAAGGAAGUUAAAAAGCGAGACGACAAGAUCCUGGAAUUAGAAGCCAAGAUGAAACAGGAUCUGGCAGGUCGACAGAAGUUGGACGAAGAGAGACGUCGAACUGAACUUGAGAUUCAGAAGAUCCAGCAAACCUUGGAGAGCGAACGUGCCCUCGCGCUGGAUAAGGAAGAGAUCUUCAAGCGUCUACAAGAUCGUGAAGGAGAACUUGCUGAAAAGCUUGCCGGUGCGAUCGCCGACCAGGAAAGUCUUGAAGAACAGCUAGACGAAAUCGUUGAUGCAAAGAAAAAGGCUGAAGAGCAGCUGCAACUUCGAAUCACUCAGUUGGAGCAGGCAGGACUGAUCAUACAGACCUUGGAGUCGGAGAAGAACAGCCUGCAAUCUCGACUGGAGGAAUUGAAUGGCAAGCUUUCCGAAACCGAAACCCAAUUUUCAGGAAAGAAUGAACAGAUCCAAGGACUAGAACAGGAGAUCAAGAUGCUCCAAAGCCAUCUCAGCUUGAAAGAUCGCAAGCUUCAAGACUUGGAAGCGAAAUUGUUGAAGACUGAUCAAGACCUCGAGGUCAAGUUCGUCGCUACCUCCAAAGAACUCGAAAAGUCUCAAAAGCAAGUUCGUGAUAUUUCAGAAGAGAAUCGGUCUAUUCGUGACCAGAUCGCCGAAUUGUCUACCACUUCUACCGGCUACGAGGAUCUUCUCCGCCGCAAGGAGAGCGAGAUGGCUGUUCUCCGAAAUGAUGUCAAGAAACACGAAGAAGAGAAGAAGAGCAUCGAAGCUGAGAAGACUUCGUUGUCAACACGCCACGACAACAUGCAAGGCCGCCUUCGAGAAGUCCAAGCCGAGAGAGAUGCCAUGCGCUCUGAGAAGACUCAGCUUCAGCGUGAGGCUGCCGACCUCAAACGCCUUCUAGAUGACAAGCGAUCUGAGGAUGCGGAGGCUGGAGAGAGCAGGAAACUCUUGGAGGAGCAGGUGCACGACCUCAAGGAUCAACUCUUCCAGGCUCAAGCCGAUCUCAGCCGUGAACGCCAAUCACGAGACGACGUCCAGAUGCUUUCUGAGCACAAUCUUGCUCAGUUGACCCACAAGUACGACGAGCUCAACGAGUCCAAGAUUACCAUCGAGAAGGAGAUGUAUAUUCAGCAAGACAGUUUGCGUCGGGCUACCGAGGCCAGACUCGCGGCGGAAAUGACACGGAAAGAGUUGCAGGGGGAGCUAAUCAAGCUUCGUGAGAGAUUCACCGACGCUGAGACCGCGCGCAUGAAUGCCGAAGCCGAGAUUGAGCGUAAGAUCAUGAAGCAGGCCGAGGAGCGCAUGACCAGCUCGCGCAAGGACCUUGAGGAGAAGGCACGCCAGCUUGAGGAAGUGGAAGCGGAACGAUCCCAGCUCUCUGUUCAAAUCCAAGAGCUCAUGCAAACAAUUUCGGAAUCUGACAACUUCCGUCUCCGCCAUGACCAACACAAGGAGCGUCUUGAGCGAGAGCUUGUGACCCUUCGAGGCAGACUGACCGCGUCUGAGAAUGAUAACAGAUCUCUUUUGACUAAGAUCCAACAAAAGAACCUCGAUAUCGCCCGGUCAAACUCGAAGGCCAGUGAUAGCAACAGACUUCGGUUGACAAAUCUGCAAAAGGAGAAGGCUAGGUUGGAUGAAGAGACCAAAAAAUUGAGUCGCCAGCUAGAAGACUCCCAGGUCCAGAUCACGUCUAUGGAAAAGCAAAAGGAGAAGUUAUCCUUGAGUCUGGAGGAUCUUAACCACGAGGUCAACCGCGAGCACAAGACAAGCCGCAACGCUGAAAAGGCCGCCUCCACUGCCAACCUUCAACUCGCCGAGGCCAAUCGCAAACUUGAGACGGAACGCCAGCUGCGCACUCAAGCCCAAGCCAACACUCGUCAAACUCAGGGCACUCUGGAUCGGGCGAACAAGGAAAUUGAGGACUUGCAUCGCCAAUUGAUCCUGUUGCACAAGGUCUUCGAGCCCGAGGCUAGUGAGCCCACGCAAUCCUGGGAGGCUGUUCAACCACACCUGUCGAAGCAGGUUAACUUGGCCCAAGUCCUUGAGACAGUGCAGAAUAAGAUUGGUGUCACCGAAGAGAAGUACAUGAGAGCUGAAAGCCAGCUUGCUGAAAUGCGCCGACGCCACGCGGAUGAGAUGAAGGAACUUGACACUAAGUACUCAUCUUCCAAGCGUGCCUUCCUUGAAGAGAUCGAUCAGAAUGAAGUAGCCAAUAACCGUACCCCUGCUCACUUCAGGAAGAAUUCCGAAGACGCUCUCAAGCGAUUCUCUAAUCCCACCACACCAAAUCGGCGCUACAACGUUCACGAAGCGGCAAACGACUCUGCCCGCUCCGAUCGCACCGUUGAUACACAAGGCUACCAGAGACGCAUGGAUACGGCUGCUGAACUGGAAGAGCUGCAGAAUAAGCUUCAGAUGACUGAGAUGCAGAACAAGCAUCUCCAGAGCCAGAUUGAACGCUCUACCCCCGGCGGUGAUAUCUGGCAGGAUGAGAGCCCUUCCAUCCGUCGUAUGCAGCUCCUCGAGCGUGAGAACGGUCGCCUCCAUGAUCAACUUGAUGACUCCUCUAAGAAGGUAUCAUCUUUAGAGCGAAGCAUUCGCUCUGGAGAAUUGUCCCUUCGUGAUGUUCAGGCGAAAUCGCACGAAGAACUUUACGAUCUCAUCAACUCACAGGAGCAAUCUCGCCGCUCUCUGCUGAAGGUCCACAAUGAGACUAUGGCCGAGUUCGGUGAUGCUAAGGCUCACUUCGAGAAGCUGAAGCGGGCUCGGGCAACACUGGAGGUUGAACUUCGUGAUGCCCGGUCGGAGGCCCAGGAAUUGCAAGUCGGCCGAGAUCAAGACGCUGUCAGCCGCAACCAGCUUCUUCAAGAGUUCUCCGAUCUCCAGAUUCGUCUGGAUGCCGAGUCAUCCCGCUCUGCUGAUCUCGAGUCAAGCCUCAUGUUGUAUAAGAGCCGCUCGGAUGAGUACUUCAACAAGCUUGAGCAGGCCGAGAUCGCUGUCAUGAAGGCUUCGCGUGCCGAGCAAUUUGCCAAAUCCCAAGGCCAGGAGGCUGAAGAGACCUGUGCCCAAAUCAUGUCUGAGCGCAAGGAAAUGGAUGCUCUCGUCGAGGACUUGCAGCGACAGACCCAGUCCCUCGAGGCCCGGAUGGAAGACCAGGCUGCCGAGCUCCAAGGUGCCUUGCAGGCUAAGCAGCGUCUUCAGAACGAGCUCGAGGACUACAGGAACCAGCGAGCCAUUGACCUUGAGGAUAAGGAGACGUCUAUGGAACAGACUAGACAAAAGUACCAGAGAGAGUUCUCGACUCUCAACAACGAACUCGAGAUGGAGCGUGAACGUGUUCUCAGUGGUCGUUCAGAGACUGCUCGUCUCCGCGAGGAACUCGAGGACCUUCGCAGCAAGUGGGACAAUGAGGUUAUCAAUAGCUCGACAUGGGCCAAGGAGAAGUCCCGCAUGGAUGUUGUCUUGCAGGAUGUUACCAACUCUCGCGACGAGGCUGUCAAUGCCCACAACGAGGCCCAGAGCAAGGUUGUUUCCCUCCUGUCCCAAGUCCGCACCCUUCGGACUUCCGUUGAGGAUACUACUGCCGAGCGUGACUUGCUCCUGAAGGACAAGAAGAUGCUCGAAGGCCGCCUGGCUGAGGCUGGCGAGCGACUAGAAGAUCUCGCCAGAGGCGAAAGCCCAUCUAUGCGCAAUGCUGCAAGCAUGGACCGCGAGCUGCUUGAGCUCAAGUCCAGAAUUGCCCAGCAGGAAGACGUUUCCGCUGCUGCAGUUGGCAAGAUGCGUCGCGCUGAUGCUUUGGCCACUGAAAUGCAGAAGGAAGUUACUGCUGAGCGUGAAGCCAAUGCCCAGCUCUUCAAGGAGAAGGCAGCUCUCGAGAAGUCGCUAAAGGAGGCGCAACUUCGUUGUGUUGAUCUGGAAACCAAGAGCUACUCCUCUGGUAGCCAGGAUGUUCGCUUCUUGCACAAGCGAAUCAAGGAGCUGGAAACCCACCUCGAAGACCAGGAGAGCAAGCACAGUUCUGAGCAACGCUCCCUUCGCAACGUCGAUCGUACUGUCAAGGAUCUCCAGUCUCAAAUCGAGCGACGCGACAAGAUGAACACCCAGCUCACCGACGACAUCAAUAGAGCUCGGGAUAAGAUUGAACGACUCCUCGGCAAUAUCGAGGAACUCCAGCACAACGAUUCGGACGCACAGCUACUAGCUCGUCGCGCUGAGCGGGAGCUUCGCGAGGAGCGCGAGAAGGCUCUACGUUUAGAGCGCGAGUUGGAUGGCUGGAGGGCCACGCGGGAGCGAGGAGGCAGCACCAUUGCCCGCAAAGUGACUUUCGGCGAGACUGGCAGCCAUCGCGGUAAUGGUGUCUAUGCAAAUAAUGACAUUCCCCAACGGCAACCCAGCAACACCAAGGGGUUCUUGUGA